UGGGUGGCACUUACAAGCAGCCAGUCCAGGAGGAGAGCUCUCUUGAGCGGGAGACGGCUGCCUCAUCCUCCAGAUCCCAGCAGCCAGCCCUGACUACAAAGAGCAGAGGCAAACGGCACCCUCCAGGACUCUGGGCAGAUUGUCAGAUUGUCAAGCUAAGAUGCAAAGACCCUGAACGUGGCUCAGGCAUCACUUGUGUGCUCAAGGCACCGCUGCUGGACAACUCCACGACAAGCCCAUCUCCUUCCCCACCGCCUUGACACCUGCAACCCUGGGCUUCUUCAUGGCUCCUCCCUAUGGCCCCCCGAGUCCUUGGACUCCCCUGGCCACGCUGACCCUGCUAUGGACUUAUUUGGCCUGGACAGAGGGGAGGCCUGGGUGCCCCUCUUGUGGGAUUCCCUCUCUGGAGCCGAGCGCGGAGAAAGCCUUCUUGAUCGAGGUGGCCAAACAGCAGAUCCUGGAGAAGUUGCAUCUGAGUGAGAGGCCCAACAUCACCCACCCCAUAUCACGUGUGGCAGUAAACAACGCCCUACGGCGUCUGCACGUGGGUAAAAGCGGGAUGGACGGGCGGAUGCCUUUCUGGGAGAAUGCUGAGUCCGACGAGCAGGGGUAUGAGAUCAUCAGUUUUGCAGAAACAGGGCCUCCUGGAAAAUUCCAGUUCCAGUUCUCUCACACGAAAGGCCAAGAUAUGCAGAUCCACCAGGCCCAACUUUGGCUGUACCUCAAGACCCACCAAAACAUUACAUUACAAGUUUAUCAGGAAGGUCACCAACUCGGAGAGCAGCAGCUGGAGACCAAGGGCUGGCACACCUUCUCUCUCACGUCGGCCAUGCAGACCUUCUUCAAGCGGGAGGAGAAGACCCUCCACCUCGAGCUGCAGUGCAAAGACUGCCACCCCACUGGCGUUGCAAGCUUGAUGGCUCCCACCGGCAGUUCUCACCAGCCCUUCCUGGUGGUUAAGGCCAAGAUACGAGAGCCCGGUCACCAGGUGACCAAGCGCAGCCUGAACUGUGAUCAGAACUCCAAUGUCUGCUGCCGGAAAGACUAUUACGUCAGCUUUCAAGACAUCGGCUGGAACGACUGGAUCUUUAAGCCAGAUGGCUAUCAAAUAAACUACUGCAUGGGGGAGUGCCCCGUCCAUUUGGCUGGCGCGCCUGGUAUGGCGGCCUCCUUCCACACCACUGUCUUCAACUUAGUCAAAGCCAACAAUAUCCAGACUGCUGGCCGUUCGUGCUGUGUCCCCACCCAGCGACGGGCACUCUCUCUGCUCUACUUUGACCCCAACAACAACCUCAACAAGAAAGAAAUCCCUGACAUGGUGGUCGAUGCUUGUGGGUGCAGUUAAGGGCUGAACUCUACACAACAGGGGAAGUGGAGAGGGGUAGAGGGGGAAGGGUAGACAUGUCAGUCAUGGUGCUCAAACCCAAGUUAGGAGCAAAGAAUUGACUCUUUUUUUCAAAAAGCAAACUGUGGUUUAUGUGGAGCAAAUCUCACAGCAGGAGGUCGUCACGUCUUGCCAUCUUCCAACACGUUUACUGGGAACGACGCAGAGAGAGCUAAGCUUUGGGUUCUGUUUGUAUUCAGUUUGGUCUUGUGGUUAAGUGUGUGGACUCUUAUCUGGGAGAACUGGGUUUGAUUCCCCACUCCUCCACUUGCAGCUGCUGGAAUGGCCUUGGGUCAGCCAUAGCUAUCGCAGGAGUUGUCCUUGAAAGGACAGCUGCUGUGAGAGCCCUCUCAGCCCCACCCACCUCACAGGGUGUCUGUUGUUGGGGAGGAAGAUAUAGGAGAUUGUGAGCCGCUCUGAGUCAGAGAGAAGGGCGGGGUAUAAAUCUGCAGUCUUCUUCUUCUUCAGGUCCCUCACUGGCAGUGACUGUCUCAUAACCUUGCUGAGCUGUCCAUCCCCUCCACAUGCUCAUGUACCCCAUUUCUAGACCUCGUGGUAGGCCAAUACAAGUCUGGGGGGAAGGUUGAGACAGGAGAGGGAGUCAGCAAAGAGCAAGGGGACUUGCAGCCACAGGGCAUUCCACGCCUGUUUUGAUUAAUUUAAUUUAGUUGUAAGGUUUGGUUUCGAUGCAAUUCUAGAUGCUGGCCAGUGGGAUAGCAGGGAACAGAACUGUGGGUACUUGACCUAAAAGAGGAAUCACAGUGGUACAUAGUGUUGUGACUCUGGCUUUUACAGUGUUCCAGUCAGUCUCCGGGGAAUGUUUACUUUAAAGAAAGCCAUACUUGGGUCAUGCAGAAAAAAGAGAAGACCAAGUAGGCAUGUGCCUGUUUUGCAUGUGUGUGUGUGUGUAUGUAUUUGUUUGUUGCACUUAUGUUUAUAUAUCUAUAUUAUUAUAUUUUUGAAGGACAGCACAAAUAAAAAUGUGUUUUCAAAAAAGCAAACAAA